UCACAUGUCAGUGCAAGCUUCACACGGUACCGAGUUCCGACUUGUGGGGCCCCACGAUCGGUCGAGGUUGCCUUGGUGUGGUCGUUUGCUCACUUGUUCCUCACUUCGUGUACUUCCCGGCAUUGCCACGUCGUCUUGACGAGAUGUGCGUUUAGAAGAAGGACGUGUCACAAGCACGAAAGGGAGAGACGGGUCAUUCGCCAUGCAGUCAAGAAGCGGCAACAUUCCACGCUCUUCCUCCCGCUCCAAACGCUCCACCACGAAUCUAGCCGACUUGCGGCCGUCACCGCUCACGACUCGAUUCGAGGAGCCACCAGAGAAGCAAACGUCGGCGAGGAGUCCGUACGAAGACGCACAGGGUCUAACAUUCUCGAGGCAUCACUCUUCGUACAUACAAGGCAAAUCAGCACCAACUUCUCCAGGCAUCCUCAGCAGAAGCUCCAGCCGAAGAAACCUCGGGGCCGGACUCAGCAGGCGAGGUUCACUGUAUGAUAACGACGUACAGUAUCAGUACAAUGCUGCACCCACACCAGGCAGUCGCGACCGGGCAGAAGUUGGGAGCGGACAGAUACCCAAAGCGAAAAGCGAGGCAGCUCUGCUCGUGCAGCAGAGACUGUCCGGUCAAGCGAAGAAGUAUACGGACGAGGACUGGCUUACCCGCACGAGUGCAGCGACCAACGCGUUACUGCAGGAGGCGAAAGGGCAAUCAUGGCUGGCUUCGAGAGACUCGUCGACGACUCUGACUCAUCUCGACUCCGAUGACGAUGAGGAUGACGGUGGCUAUGAAGAGAUGGCCGCGCUGAGUGCCAGUCAGGCACGGCUGGAGACGAAGCUUAACCCUUCUGCGUCACGUAUUAAGAGUCCGAUGUGGAGCAGUAGAUAUGGCAGCCGAGCCAACAGUAGAAGAACGAGCCGGCAGCAGAGUCCCGUCAGCACGCGAACGCCUCUCGGGGCGCCCAUUGGUUAUGAUGGCCCUUCUGACUACUUCAGCAAAGGUGUGCAGAUGAAAGCAGACUUCAUCAAUGAGGAAGACGAGGUUGGUGACGGACCGGACGAGGAAGUGGAGAAGGACGUGGCGAGCUACUCCGAAGGCCGCUCGUACGGGUUGGGAGGCAUUGUUGACCGGCUAAUGAACUUCAAUCUGUUCAGCGUGCAGGAAACGGUCACGGAGGAUGAGGGCAACGAAGGAUCGGUCGAGAAGCCGAGAGUUGCAGACCCAAAACCCAAGCAUGAAGCUUCUCAGAUCGAGGCCCGUACUGACGAUGCGCCAGACGGGGGCGGAUGGCAGGAUGCUGCCUGGUUGUUGAGUGUAGCCUCAAAGGCGCUCUUCUAGGAAACGGUAAUGCUACUACCGUAGUGGCCACUUUGCCCGCUCACAUGUGAGCCGCUGUGUAGAAUCACCUCCACGUGUACCUCGUCGGGCAUUCGGCACGAGCGUAAAGGGUGCAUAUAGCCACAACGAGUAUAAGGGCGGUGUAUCAAGGCUACUGCACUGAGGUCGAGCCCAAGAGUCGCCCCCAGGCUCAAGACGUGGGUUAAUGCAGACUUCAAGGUUCCCCACCCAUUAGCUGCAUAUUGGACAAGGUGGGUGCUGAAGCGAGCCAAUGCUGCUUGCUCGAAGGUUGAAACAUGGGCAGAAAGCGAAGAAGUGCGGCACAGUAGUCAUACAUCCAAAGCCAGCUGACCAAGUACUCAAGUAGAUGCCAGACGAGCGUUAAGGGACUGCUGCC